AUGACUAUCAUUGACAUACUUCCAACUAGAGCCAGACUCUCUCGUAUGGGAAUUACCACUACGGUCUCUUGUGUUCUUUGUACUGAUUCUAAUGAAUCCAGAAGCCAUUUAUUUGAUAAUUGUUCAACAGCAACCAGCUUAUGGAAAGCUAUCUUAACUCUCAAUCACCUAUCAAAGCUGCAUAUGUCAUGGGAUGAAAUGCUUUCAUGGGCUUCUUCUUCUUGGAAAGGUAAAUCCCUUCUAACUUCCAUAUUGAAGAUUGCUUGGUGUUCCUUCAUCUACACUAUAUGGGAGGAAAGAAAUCGCAGGAUCUUUCAAGGAAGAGCAAGAACUAUUGAAGAAUUGUUAAGCUCCAUUAAAGACAUUGUAGGUGCUCAACUUAGCAAUAGAGACCUCAAUAGAAUGGAUCAUGUUAACUCUCUACUUUGUAACAACUGGGGUAUAGGUUAA